GAUGGUUCCGUUGGUUCCGAUGGUUCCGUUGGUUCCGAUGGUUCCGUUAGUUCCAGUGGUUCCGGUGGUUCCGGUGGUUCCGCUGGUCUCAGCUUUGAGGAUUAUUCUCUCUAUAGUCACCUGAGUGAUGACCAAGUGCUGCAGAUCGCCAUGGAGCGAAGUCUGAACGACACACACAGCAGCAACCCCAACACAAGCAGCAACACAAGCAGCAACACAAGCAGCAACACAAGCAGCAACACAAGCAGCAACACAAGCAGCAACACAAGCAGCAACACAAGCAGCAACCUGAACCCUGCGGUCAGACACAACUCCCAGAAUCCUCCUCCAGCCCAGAGCCUCGCUCACUACAGUUCACCAAACCCUCCGAGUGAGAAACCUCCUGAUCCGAAAACUUUUGAUGGGACAGUCAGCUGCUUCAUGACAGGCUCUGGGAAAAGGAUGGUGGCUUAUCGCCGAGCUGAUGGUCGCCUGGUCCACACGGCUCCGGAACCGCAGGAGGAGGAGGAGCCUCUGUUCAAAGCGAUCUGUGUUGGAGAUGUGAACAGAGUGAAAAUCAUGGCGAUGUGUCCUGGAACGAACCUGAUGCUGCCAAAUAAACACGGCUGGCUCGCCAUUCAUCAGGCGGCGUGGCACGGUCAAGACGCCUGUCUCAGGGUCCUGCUGUCAGCCCAGCCGGGGACCAUCAACAAGCGAACUGAACAUGGUGAGUCAGCGCUUCUGCUCGCCGUCGGCAGAGAGGAAGUCACAUGUGUUCAGGUGCUGCUGGAGAACGGAGCCGACACAAACAUCACAAACUACGACAAGGAGACUCCACUCUACAAAGCCUGUGAGCGGGACAGUGCAGUGAUGGUGGCGGCGCUGUUGAACCACGGUGUUGCAGUGAACACUCGUUGUAUUCAGGGUUGUACUGCACUUCAGGAAUCUGUGGUUCGAAACAACGUGGAGAUCUGUGAGAUGUUGCUGAAGGCCGGAGCCAAACACAACCUCACCAACAUGUACGGCAUCUCACCGCUGUUUACUGCGGCGCAGUAUGGGCAGGUCGCCACGCUGCGUUUCCUCCUGAAACAUGGUGCAGAUAUCAACAGUCAGGCUGAUGAUGGCGCCACUGCUCUCUACGAAGCUGCUAAAAAUGGACACGAGGAAAUUGUGAGGUUCCUCCUCUCACAAAACGCAGAUGCCAACAAACCUGGGAAGUCUGGAUUAUUACCACUUCACAUCGCGGCUCAGAGAGGAAGUAACACUAUCGUGUCCAUGUUGAUACCAGCCACCAGUCAGGCCAGGGUCCGGCGGACCGGCAUCAGCCCGCUCCACCUGGCAGCUGAGCGCGAGCGUGACGACGUGCUGGAGACUCUGAUCGAGGCGGGCUUCGAUGUCAACGCUCAGCUGUCUGAGGAGCGAUCCCAGCUGUACGAGGACCGCCGCAGUACGGCCCUCUACUUCUCCGUCAUAAACAACAACAUCGACGCCGUGAGCAUGCUGCUGGCAGCUGGCGCCGACCCAAACCUGGACAUGCUCAAGCCGCUGAUGGUGGCGGUGAGGCAGAGCUGCAUUCAGGCCACGAUCCUGCUCGUGAAGCACGGAGCUGACGUCAACGCCUGCAUCCCCAUGCACCCCACCACCUUCCCCGCCAUUUACAUGUUCGCCAUGAAGGACCUGCCCAUGUUCAAGUACCUGCUGGACCAGGGAGGCCACGCCCGCUCCUGCUUUGACUGCUGCCAUGGCAGCAAACCUCAUCCACCAAUCAAAACCACUCGAUCAGAGAGGGACAACUCCUACUUCCUGGAAGAGACACAACUGAGGAGGAGUGUUCAGUUCUGUGAGAUGAUCUCAGCCCCCAGCAUCUGUCGGUGGGCGGGGCCAAUUAUUGACGUCCUACUGGACUACGUUGGUCAUGUGACUCUCUGCUCCAGACUGAUGGAACACCUGGACAGUUACAGCGAGUGGAGCGUCAUCAAGGAAAAAGCUACUUCACCGCGGUCACUGAUGCAGAACUGCAGGCUGAAGAUCCUGCAGCUGGUCGUACGUCGACGUGUGAAGAAGUUACCGUUGCCUGGAUCUCUGAUCCGGUUCCUGCAACAUCGAGAAGGAUCCAUCGCUGACUGAGGUGUCGCUCAUACUGACUUAACUUAGUUACACUCAAUUAACUCAGUUAAAUUCAGUUUACUCAAUGAUAAGAUUAAGUUUGUUGUUUGUUAAAAGAUAGAGAUCAAACAUGAGGAAGAAAUAUAGUUUAGCUGCAUCAGCUUCGCGUAAACAGA